AUGACAAUGGGCGAUGAAUCACCCGUCACUUCCUUGGUUUUGCCUGUACUCAUACGCCCCGUAUUAUCACAGCUUGAAAAGUACCAUGUUGGAGGUUCUCAAACAUUACGUGCAGCUCUCACUAAAGCCGAAGCAGCUGUUCCUGGGCUUAACUAUGAUUUGGUGGCUGGAAUCAUGAGACGGGCAGAGAUACCUGUGAAUAUGAAUGAAAGCUUGCUACGUUUACAAGGAACACUUACUGAGGCUGAAUGUGCAGAUUUAAGACUGAACCGAUCUGAGGAGGCAUUCCAAGAAUUGAACAAAAAAUCUUCAGCCCUGAAGAAAAUUCUUAGUAGAAUUCCCGAUGAGAUCACUGAUCGCAAAACCUUUCUGGAGACUAUUAAAGAAAUUGCUUCAGCUAUAAAGAAGCUGCUGGAUGCCGUUAAUGAGGUUUCUACCUACACCCCGGGAGGUGGGAAACAGGCUUUGGAGCAAAGAAAAAGAGAAUUUGUCAAGUACUCAAAGAGGUUCUCCAACACCCUGAAAGAGUAUUUCAAAGAGGGACAGGCAAACGCUGUUUUCGUAAGCGCCAUGUAUUUGAUUCAUCAAACAAAUCAAAUUCUCUACACGGUGAAGUGCAAGUCAGAAUAA